AUGGCUACACUAACCAUCACAACUACUGAAGAGGGCGUAUCGCCACUCCAAACCAAAGAUAUCGCGGCUCGGCUAUUGAACGGCACGCUUCACUCCCAGUGGCCGGCGUUUGAACAAUUCGCAACUAUCGAUGGCCUUUUGAAAUCUCAUGCUGCUCAGCCAGAUGAUGCAAAACGGCCUCUAGUAUGCUACCCGAUUCGCGGAGCAGCUGACUUUGAGGAGCAUACAGCCGGGGACAUCGAUCGGUAUACUGAUGUCGCUGUUCGCUUUUACAUGAAGCAGGGUCUUGCACCCGCGGAUCCUAAUCUCGACCAAGCGCCGGUGGUUGCUAUGCUAGCUGGAUCUAGCUUCGAGGUCGUGGUGACUUUCUUCGCGCUGAAUCGCCUUGGUUAUGCUGUAAUUUUCCUGUCAACACGUCUCACAGCCCCGGCCUAUGCCAGGCUAAUGGAGAUGGCAAAUUGCAGCCAGAUUAUCAACAUAAACCAAUUUCAGCAAGUUGUAACUGAUAUUUGUACCGAACGUCCUGGUUGCAGUAGCUUCUCGCUACUACAAAGAGAGGACUGGUUCAACCGUCCUAUCGGAACUUCUCUUUUUACACGUCCCGGUGCGGAUCCAUCACGAGAAGGAAAGAAAAUUGCCUGGAUUCUACAUUCUUCGGGCAGUACCGGUUUCCCGAAGCCGAUCUUCCUCACCAACCUUCAAACCCUAGCCAAUUUCCGCAAGAGCUUCGGACUGCGUCUUUUCACUAUCAGUCCGCUCUUCCACUCCCAUGCUCUGAUGGAGCUUGGGCGAGCAUUGUUUACAAGAGCACCGGCGUACCUGGGAAACCAUUCUCUUCCAGUCACAUACCAAAAUCUUUUCGAUGCGCUUCUGGUGGCCCAGCCACAGCAAAUCAGCGCCGUGCCAUAUGUGAUCAAAUUACUUGCAGAGAAGCAAGAAGGUAUUCAAGCACUGGCUAGGCCGCAACUCGUGUUGUAUGGUGGUUCCAGCUGCCCAGAUGAUCUUGGCGACCGUCUUGUGGCACAGGGCGUGAAUCUGGUGGCCAACUAUGGAGCGACGGAGACCGGACAAAUCAUGACUUCUUUCCGAGCUCCAGAGGAUAAGGAGUGGCAAUAUAUGCGACUACACCGUCCGGUUGCAGACCUCACUCUGAUGGAUGAGAUCUCGCCUGGGGUUUUCGAAUGUGUUGCGUUGGAUGGCCUGCCAAGUAAGGGUCCUUCGAAUUCAAAGCCACCGUACAGCGCAAAGAACCCAGAGAACUCUUUCAGAACAGCCGAUUUGUUUACCAGACACCCUGAUCCAGAGAAGAGCAAUUAUUAUAAGUAUUUGAGCCGGCUGGAUGAUCGAAUCACGCUAGUCAAUGGUGAAAAGGUGCUUCCUAUCCCUAUUGAAGGUCGCGUUAGAGAAGAGCCUAUCGUGAGUGACUGCGUUGUGUUCGGCUUCCAACGCACUGUGCCGGGGGCUUUGAUCUUCCGUGCUCCUGGGAAAGUGCCUCACUUGAGCAAUGAUGAAUUCUUGGAAGCUAUCUGGCCAGCUGUUGAAGCGGCGAAUGCUCGUGCUGAGACGUUCUCUCGCAUCCCCAAGGAGCUCGUCGUCAUCAAGGGUGCUGAUGUUGUAUACCCACGAACUGAUAAAGGAACUUGUAUACGCGCUCAGGUUUAUCAGCAAUUCGAGGAGGAUAUCACGCAGGUAUAUGCCAAGUUCGAAGGGAGUGGCAAGAAAAGAGGUUCCCUUGCGCUUAGUAUUCCAGAGUUGGAGGAUUGGUUGCUUUCAAGAUUCAGCAAAGACUUGGGCGUACAACUACCCAGUGCUGAGGUGGACAUCUUCUCUGCUGGAAUUGACAGCUUGCAGACAACGCAAAUCUGGAGGUGCAUCAUGCGCGAUAUUGAUAUCGGCGAGACGGGAGAUCAGCUUUCACAAAAUAUUGUGUUCGAGAAAGGCACUGUCAACGCACUUGCAAAGCACCUCUAUCAACUGCGAACUGGGCAAGAAUCCGAGAAAGAAGAUGAGCUUCAGUCCAUGCGCGAAAUGAUCGAAAAGUACUCCCACUUUACUCAACAUUUCCCAACCCUCACCCGAAACCCAGAAACAAAGGUGGUGAUGGUCACCGGCGCAACCGGCAACUUAGGAGCCUUCAUUGUCUCAGAAUUACUGAAGAGACCAACAGUCUCCGAAGUGUGGGCAAUCGUGCGCGCACCAGGACAAGCAGCAGCAGGAGCUCGUCUCUACAAAUCUUUAGCUGAUCGCAACAUCACCCUCACCGACACUGAAGCCGCGAAGCUUCACGCCAUCCCUGGUGACAUGUCACAGUCCAACCUCGGUUUCAAAGACCACGAUCUGGAGCAUUUACUUUCGUCCUUGACAUGCGUCAUCCACAGUGCCUGGGCUGUGAACUUCAACCUAGGCGUACGGUCCUUCGAGCAGCAGCAUAUCCGCGGAACAUACAACCUCAUCAACCUCUGUCUGCGCUCCCGCCUGCCCUCACCUGCACGUUUCUUCUUCUGCUCCAGUGUAAGCGCUGCAAGUAACACGCCCAAACCUGCAUCGAUUCCGGAGACUGUCAUUGAGGACUUGAAUCUCGCACAGAAAACGGGAUAUGGCAGGUCGAAAUUGGUUACAGAACACAUCACCCGCAACGCCAUGCGUCAAACAGGCAUGCAAGCCCGAGUCCUGAGAAUCGGCCAGCUUGGCGGUGAUACAGCUAGCGCACAAUGGAAUGAGACGGAAGCCGUUGCGCUCAUGUUCCGAAGCGCGUUGACAACAGGUGCAUUGCCGGAACUGAAUGAGCGAGUGAGUUGGUUGCCUGUUGAUCAGUGUGGUCGGGCUAUUUCGGAUAUUGCAAUGAAUGCCGCUGGAUCUUCCGAUGCCAAUUUGGUGUACCAUUUGGUCAAUCCGAAGACUUUUAGCUGGAAGGGGGAUUUACUUCCUGCUUUGAAGGGGAAAUCAGCCUUGCCAGAGUUUGAGGUUGUUUCUCCGCAGGAGUGGCUGAGGAGAUUGGAGAGUAGUGAGCAGGAUCCGGAGAAGAAUCCGAGUGUUAAACUUGUCGAUUUUUGGAGGUCCAAGUACGCAGGUUAUAGCCAGCCGGAGGCAGAUGUUUCCGGCGCAGGGAAAGAGGGGAAUGGAGAGGUUGGACUCGCAUUCGAGACUGAGUAUACGGUUCAAGACUGUCCCUUUUUGGCUCUUGUCGAGGACCCUGUUGCUGGUGGUUUGAUCCAGAGCUACAUUGAGUCGUGGGUGAGUCGAUGGACUACCUAG